GAGACAGCAGUAACCAGGGCUUAAGUGAUGGAGAUGUUACUGCACUGGUGUCUGCUGUCGAUCGGUUUCUCUCUCAGCACAUCGACCACAGCAACAGAAGCCAUUCUCUGGGUGAAGACAGGGGAGAAGUUUACCAUGAAGUGCUCCACCACUCUAAAAGACCAGGAAGGAAUGUACCUGUAUGUUGGGCUGAACAGGGACAGGGAGGUGCUGUAUUACCACAGGCGUGACUCCACGCUGUCCACCAGGAAAGGCUACUGGGACAGAGUGAAGACUGAGGGACCUGUGGACCAACUGACCAUCACCGUCAGUAACCUGAUCAUAGAGGACACAGGAGUCUACUGGUGUGUUUACACAAAUGUCAACAAAUCCACGUUCAAAAAUGUUAUCACCCAAGGCAAAGGGUCCACUCUGGUGGUGGUGAAUGACGAUGUCCUACAGCUGCCAUGUCCUACAGCUACUGCAGUAACGCUGACCCCCUUUCACCCAGCCAAUGAGAAGCCGUGCCCAUCUGGCGUGGUAAACAUCAUCAUCAUUAGCAUCUUGGCCAUCCUGCUGUGUGUCAUCUUCCUCAUCUGGGUUGCUCCACUGGUGAAGAGGUGCUGUAAACAGGGAGGAUCCAUACCCCAGGUCAUUCCUGAGAGUCUCUAUGAAGACAUGGCCAGGAAUCACACUUGUCCACCUGACACACAGGCUUUCAAAGGAGGAAGUAGGACCACUGAGUAGCUUCUUUAAAUGCUUUUUCUGAAUAUUGCUUCUUUACUUUCUCAGAAUUGAAAAGCCUGUUCUGCUGUAUUUCACAGUUCUAGCCUCAAUGCAAGUCUUAGCGGUAAAUUGUUUGUGUGUGUCGCACCAUAACAUGCUUAUGUGUGUGAAUAAAUUCUCUAUAUGGAAAGUAUUUGUAUUUCAACAGAAGACCAGCGGGAAGCAGGGAACAGCCAAUGUUACAUUCCAGGGCUAUUCAACUAUAUUCCUACGAGGGCCAGAUGUAAAAAAAACAACAACAAAAAAAUCAUUUCAGGGGGGCGGACAUUUUCCACAUGCGACGCACACAUUUCUCAAUAAAUAAGACAACUACAGUGCUUUUCACUUUGGCACUAAAUGUAAAAUUUUGGGCCGCCAGUUGAAUAUCCCUGUUUUAGUCCAUAAGGUGUAAAGUUGAUAGCGAUGGAGGCCUACCUAUACCUUUUUUUUCAAUACAUCAUACGUCAUAAGUUUUACAUUGGUUUUUAGUUUGAAACAGUGCUGUGGUGAGUAAUGUUUUUAGGUCACUGUCACUGGACCACUCAGAAAGCUGUUCCAGUGCAUGGGGUCUGCCACACAGUCAAAAGAGCUUCAACGUUAAAAUGAGAACAGUUUGUUAAGACCUUUAUUAUAUUUGAUCAUAGGUACAACUAUUUUAGCUGCCUAAAUUUGAUCAGGUACAUCCGGAUAGAAGCCUACGAGUCAGUUUCAACUUCCUAAAAAUUAUUUCCACUUUGAAUACCAGUUCACAUGUAAAGUAUGAUUUGGGGUGAGAAACAUAUUCACACCGUUUAUUGCCUUUUAAUCAAAAUAUUGAUACAUGAUUAAUAGUCAUGUG